AAAACACAAGUCCUACUGAAUAGGCGUCACUUGAAUCUCGUGAUACAAGGAAAUAAAAAGGAGGGUGUUGUUGCGGCUCUGAAAACUGACACGGAAUCUCCUCAAAGGGUGACCCACGCUCACAGAGAACGAAACAUGGAUGCUCGGAGCGGUUUCAUCGUUGUGUUGUGCCUGAUGGGCUUCACCUGUGCUGUACCUGUGAAGUACAUUGACUGUGGUUCAGCUUCCGGCAAAGUGACCAUGGUGGACAUAAGUCCUUGUGACAGCCAGCCGUGCAAGCUGCACAGAGGCCAGUCCUCCAGCGUCAACGUGACGUUCACCAGUGAUGUGGAGAGCCAAACGAGCACAGCGGUGGUUCACGGUAUCAUCGCCGGCCUCCCCGUCCCCUUUGCCAUUCCCAACGCCGACGGCUGCAAGUCUGGAAUCCAGUGUCCCAUCCACAAGCCGCAGGUUUAUCACUACGCGACCGAGCUACCGGUCAAGUCUGAGUACCCUACAAUAAAGCUCGUGGUGGAGUGGGAACUGAAAGAUGACAAGAAAAACGACUUGUUCUGCGUCAAGUUCCCAGUUCAGAUCGUCUAAUAUUGUGCCAAACUAGCAACCAUACCUCUGACAAGUGUCUUUGUUUUUUUUUUGUUUUUUUAAAGGGAUUCAGCUUUUAGCAGAUCUAAAAGAUGCCACUGAUUCAAGCAAGUUCUAAUUUUAUUGAUUCAUCAAACUUAUUUUAAAAUGUCCUCACUAGUUUGCAAGACUUGCUGCACAUGCAUCUUAAAUCCUACUGAAAUACAAGGCACACAUAUUUUUUUUUUUUGUCUGUGCAAUGGUCAAUUUUAAGAGCUGUGAAUGUGAAAUAUUUAGGUUUACGAUUGUGCGAAUGAUCCUGGAAUACAUUCCUCUGCAGUGCAAAUGUCUUGUCUCACUGGCUGCUGUGUAGUCAGAAAAGGUACAUGCAGUACUUUUUCUUUACUAUAAGUUUUGUAAUAUUUCUUACUGACCUUGUUAUACCCGACUUUUGCAAUUGGAUACUGUCAAACAAAUAUAUGUAAUUAAAUUCUAAUAAAGAAAUGUGUAUGCAAGUA